ACGAAUUGAUGAGUUGAAUGCUUUCCCGUGCUUGGCCUUUCAGGAGUUUUUUUCCUACCGGUAUUUCAGGAGGACAAGUUUUAGGCAUGCAAAUCUUGUUUUAUAAUAAAUUAUUCGCUAUACAUCGCCUAACAAAUUAUUGAAAGAUGUAGGAGAAAUGCAAAUAUUCAUUCUAUUUUCAUGCGGACGCUCAUAAUUGAUGAAGAGAACGAAUUGACCUUUUUCCUAGUAAACCAUCACACAUUGGAAACAUUAUUAAUCUGGUUAAUCGAUUUAUGAAGCAUCGAACGUACCAUGUACGGCCUGGACUCUGAUGGUUCGUUCGAUAACGAUUCCCUGAGUCGUCAGUUCUUCGAGUCUGCGGCCUUCAGUGAAUUUCAAGCUGGCGUAGUUCUAGAGCCAGAGGAAGACAGUCCACCUUCAAGCCAUCAUGAUCAAGAGAAUACGUUGGGCAUUCGUCGUAAGAAACGCCGGCGCUGUUUACUAGCGCAGCUGCAGCAGCGCCAGGCCGCCAACAUGAGGGAGCGCAAGAGGAUGCAGAGUAUCAACGAUGCCUUCGAGGGUCUGAGGGCACACAUUCCUACGCUGCCUUACGAGAAACGACUUAGCAAGGUUGACACGCUGCGUUUGGCGAUUGGGUACAUCAGCUUCUUAGCAGAGCUUGUCGCAAGCGACAGAAAUUCUGGUGAUCCUCACCAGAGGUCCACGCAAGUGCAGCAGCAGCCCAGGAAAGUGGUCGUUAUCGGGAACAGAAUGACAAUGGACAGCACCCCGCACUCGCUCACUUGGGGCUUCGCGCGGCCAACGAUCAUCAACGGCCGAGUCGCUGCCAAGAUGUGGGUGCCUAGUACGCAGCAGAAGACAACGUGAGGUGGAACCCAGCUAACUAACCACAGGUCUAAAUCUCAACGUUUUAUGUGCAGGAAAACCCGCUGGCUAAUUAAGAUUCAAAUUUAAAGUAACCUUAUGAAAUUGCAGGUGAGAAAGUUAUCGUAUUUUACCGGUAGUCAGUACAUCGGAAAUAGUUUAGGGCACUGAAGCUGAAGUAUUUAUACUAUCUAAUCUGAGAUCUGACUCUUAAACUCAGUGUCGGCAGAUCAACAGUAACCUGUAAAUUGUCAAGUGAGUGAUCAUCCGAGAAACUGAAGCUACUUUUACAUUGCAUAAUAGAUGCUGAGGUUUGCAUUACACGUGAUUCUUAUCAUGUUUUUAUGAUGUAGCAAGGAUACAGCCAUCACUACGGCCCUCAUUCGUAUCUUCUCGCUGUUGUACUAGCCGUUUUCUCUGUGCAACACUACUGAAUUUCGAGACACUUAAAAACAAAUGCAUAAACUGUCUUCAAUUGUCUAUCAGCGCAAGUCGUAUGCUCAAAAAGCAACGCCAGACGUCAACAAGCUAGGUUGUCAGAAACGCGCUAGUCAAAACAAAAAUAUUGUAGCAACCUGCAGCCGUUGAAAUGGUAGUCGCCAAAGAUAUUGUUGAAAAUUCCGCUGCACGUUCAACAAUCUUAACCGCAAGAAGUUCGCCAACACUUGAAAUAUCUCACACCGCCGUGUUCAAAGUUUCAUAAAUUAUUGUCGGCUCUCACUGUCGACUCGCGGCGGUUGUAACUUCUGGAGAAAUCUUGUUCUGACGAUAAGUUACUGUCAACUCAGCAUCUGGACUGAUCCACUCCCUGCUUAAAUUGUGUGUAGAUUUUGAUGGGAAUGUAAUUAGUAAUAAUAAUUCAACCACUUCCCACCAUCGAUACGGUGAACAGGGUUUUCAUUUUUGUCAAUGGCCCUAGCAAUAUAAACCCAUCUUCACGAGUCUGACUUCAAAACGUUACAUGACGCAAAGGAAGCAGUAAAUUGCAAUAUCUUCCAUACAUACAGAUAUGUAUGACGAUGUACGCAUUGUCGCACCAGGAGCAAUCGUUCACUCCUUCAACGAUAUAUUUGUGAUGCUAUUACGUACGUAGAUGAAUUUGUGAAUUGCCACAACUUGUCUUAAUGCUAGCGCCAGUUCAGCACUCCGAGUUUUAUAUCCUUCUGAAGCGCUCAGUAAAAUUCAAUCUUAAGUUCAAAAUCUCCUAGAUUACAGCCGACAGUUUAAAUUACUGCCAAAUUUGUAUUCUGUGAUACGUUAUAGUUUAGUUGAAUGAGUUUUGUACAGUACAUUAUAGUUCAUCGUAAUAUGUUGAUUAUCUUAAUUUAAGUCGAGUUAUUUGUUUCAAUCAAAAUAUUCCUUCACUUCUGCGGUUUCUUCCUCCGAAAAAUGACGAAACGGCAGUUCGACGACGACCAAAAGGUUAUACACUGAAAGAUAAAUACUCAAAUGCAUCACUAACAUACUAAAUUAAAAGUAAUACUGAUGCCUAUGUGGAUUCAAAAAUGAAUACUCCCAAUAGAAACAGGCGCUGCUAUUGGAAAUGGUAAAUUUCUUACAAGAAUACGCAAGUUGUUUUAAAAACCUAAAGCAAUCAUUUCCAUUCAUGACUUCAACUGGCAUUU